UCGCAUGCGCACACAAUUCGGGCGGCUGUCCGACAGAGACGGUGGUUAAGCUGUGUAAUGGCGGCCGCGGUGUUGCUGUCUUCGGAGAGCCCCGGCCCCAACUUUACGGUGGGCAGUACCGGAGAGGCGACAGUCGCCGGUAACGGACUGGGGGCAGCAGGACCGGCCUCUUGGAACCGUGCUCUUGACAGGGCACUGGACGAAGCGGCGGCCACCGGUUGCCUCCAUCUCAGCGGCAGGAAGCUGAAGGAGUUCCCGACGAGCGCCGCUAACCACGACCUCUCCGACACGACAAGGGCCGAUCUGUCGCGGAAUCGUCUGCCGGAGCUGCCGGUGGAGGUGUGCAUGUUUGUGUCCCUGGAGAGUCUGAAUCUGUAUCAGAACUGCCUGCGCUCCCUGCCUGAGAGCCUGAUCAACCUGCAGGCCCUCACACACCUCAACAUCAGUCGGAACCAGCUCAGUUCCCUGCCAGCUCAUGUCUGCAGUCUGCCUCUCAAGGUUCUGAUCGCCUGCAACAACAAGCUGGUGUCUCUGCCUGAGGAGCUGGGCCAGCUGCGGCAGCUCACUGAGCUGGAUGUCAGCUGCAAUGAGAUCCAGAUGCUGCCUUCUCAGGUCAGCCAGCUGGAGGCGCUGCGGGACCUCAACAUCCGCAGGAACCACCUGGCAUGCCUGCCCCCAGAGCUGGCGGAGCUGCCGCUGGUGCGGCUGGACUUCUCCUGUAACAAGGUGACGUCCAUACCUGUGUGCUACCGGAACCUGCGCCACCUGCAGAGCAUCGUCCUGGACAACAACCCCCUGCAGAGCCCGCCUGCGCAGAUCUGUAUAAAGGGGAAGAUUCACAUCUUUAAGUACCUGAACAUGGAGGCGUGUAAGGCUGCAGCUGAGCUGCCCGACUUCGACAGGAGACCAAUGGCCUUCGGGUCCUGUGUGGAGGAGCUGUACCCGGGCCGGUCUUACGGGGCGCUGGACUCGGGCUUCAACAGCGUGGACAGCGGGGACAAGCGGUGGUCGGGCAACGAGCCCUCAGAGGAGUUGUCGGAGCUGCCGUCGCGAGUGGCCGAGAUCACCAGGGAUCAAAGACACCGCGGCAGGGGCGGAGCCGCCGUAUCCAACGGCAACGAGGCGGAGCUUGAGCAGAUGGACUUCAUCGACAGCAGCUGUUUGGAGGAGGACGAUGAGGGGCGGAGUCGGAGGGCGGAGCCUGCCAGCCUCAGCUCCCAGUUCAUGGCCUACAUUGAGCGACGCAUCACCAGAGAGCGCUCUCCUGUGAAGGCAAGAGACACGCGGACAGACGAUUCCCAUAGACACAGUGCCCUCAGCAGGAGCGUCCUGAACGGCAGAAGUAUGUCGCCCUCUGCUGGUCAGAGCCAGCGGGCUGCGGGGGCAGGGCUGGGGGCGGGGCCAGGAGCCACCGGGCUGGAGCACAUACGAAGAGAGGCUCACCUGGCCGCCAUGCAGUACGAGGAAGAGAGGCACAGGGGGCGCCAUUCCCAAAAAGAAGUGCUGACCUACGCCAAGCUCAAAGCAGCGCAGAGCCUCUCCAAACACAGCCUGUCAGAGAACGAAAGCACGUACCCCUCCAGACGAUCCACUCACACGGAUGACUCCGCCCUCUUCAUGAGCGAGGACCGUUCCCCCCUCUCUCCCACCUCCUCUGGACACCCCCCAGCCCUCCAAUCGCCUUCCUGUCCUGGUGCUGUGGCCCCGCCCUCCAGCCGGGGCCCCGCCCCCCAUCCCAGCAGCCUGCUGAUUCGUUUGGGACAGAGAGAGGAAGCCAGGAGAGAUUUGGGAGUCCCUAAGGUGGAGGCUGAGGAGGCCACGCCCCCUGAGCCCUGUGCGUUUGUGGGAGAGGAGGCGGAGCUGGUGGAGCAACUGCGAAAGAACAUCGAGUCCCGGCUGAAGGUGUCGUUGCCUAGCGACCUGGGGGCGGCGCUGACGGACGGGGUGGUGCUCUGCCACCUGGCCAAUCACGUGCGGCCAAGAUCCGUGCCCAGCAUCCACGUGCCUUCGCCCGCUGUGCCCAAACUGACAAUGGCCAAGUGUCGCCGGAAUGUGGAGAACUUCCUGGAGGCGUGUCGCAGGCUUGGGGUCCCGCAGGCCCAGCUGUGCCUGCCACUUCAUAUCCUGGAGGAGAAGGGGCUCCCCCUGGUGGCCGGGACAGUAAGAGCCCUGCUGGAGCUGGCUCCCCCGAAACACACCCCCUCCCCCACGACCGCUGCCCCCCCUGUCUCCAUUUAGGACAGACAGGUGGACAGACGGACGUGUGAACGGAAUCCUCUGGCAAAUAUGUGGCUCGCCUGCCCUUCCCAAAAACCGUGGAAUUAUUCUCCCUCUCACUUCUACGGUCGCCCCCCCCCCCCCGCCCCCUUCAAAAACCCCACACGCCCACCCCAGCUCCACAGACACCAGACUGACACCUCCAGAGGGAGGCUGUGAGGAGGAGGAAGACUUUUUUGGGACGCUGGCAAAAGAAAGUUCCGGAGCCGAAGACUUCAGGUGACCGGUCGCUCCCUCACGGACGGACGGACGGACGGACGGACGGACGGACGGACGGACGGGACACACGGACACGGGAGUCGGUCGCCAUGGACACAGAGAGAAGAGGAGGAGAAGAGACGGUUCUUCCUUUUUUUUCCAUUAACAAGUUUUUAGUCUUCGGUAUUCUCUCUUCACUUCAUAGGGUGUCUUUUGUCCUUGGCUCCUUCUUGUAUAUUACUAUUGUUAUUAUUAUUAUUAUUGUUUUAAUAUUGUUAUUAUUAUUAUGGUCACAAGACAGGGAUUUGGGCAGGGGAGGUGUAGUGUUACCAUGGUAAAUCGCAUGACCAUGUUGUCACAUGACCCAGGUUGUCCAAUCCCUAAAGGAAGACGUUUGAUGGAGCUGGGCUCACUAAUGGUUAAACAACGCUAAGAGGUCUUUGUGAUGUUAAAUUAAGGAGCUGGUCUAGCCCAGAGAAGUGGAUGGGGCUCAAAAACCUUGGGUGUCUUAGUGGUGUGACCUGAGGUUUUAAUCCCUGUGUUUUUGGAACACUAGCGACAUGACCGCUGCAGUCCUACUUGUGGCCAGGAGGGGGCGGUGCACGCGCGCUCCUGUCUCUCUGUGUUAGGGUCACUCGCAGAGCGCAGGACUCAAACACAGGGCCCAGGUCCGGGCUCCUCGUUCUCUGCUCCUGUGAAAUCUGCAACGGUGUAGACCCCGGGAUGCAGGGAAGGUCAGUUAACGACAAAGUGAGCUGCUUCGAGUGAUGGCUUUUAGCGCCUGUUAAAAAUGAAAAAGGGGCACACCCUGGAGCCCUACAGGUUUGGGUCACCCUGGAAAUAGGCAUACCGUACAGACCUGUAGUGUUGGGUCGCCCUGGAAACGGGCACGCCCUGCAGCCCUCCAGGGUUGGGUAGCCCUGGAAACGGGCACGCCCUGCAGUCCUCCAGGGUUGGGUCGCCCUGGAAACAGGCACGCCCUGCAGCCCUCCAGGGUUGGGUCGCCCUGGAAACGGGCACACCCUGCAGCCCUCCAGGGUUGGGUCACCCUGGGGUUGAACGACGGCUCGUAUGAAAGGCUGCAGGUGAGGGGGAUGUCAUGGAGUCAUGGCCCGGGUGGGCGGCUGUGAUCCUUACGUGUGUUUUACACCUUUAGUGUUACGUGUGAGCCCAGUUACACACACCAUGGUAUGAUGGAAACUACAACCCGGCCUACGCCCUGCGGUACAGCAUAACGCACCCUGACACGCCACGACACUACACACCCAAGCACAUCAGCAUAGCACUACAUACCCAAAAACAUCACAAAACGCCCGGUUACAACAGAACUCUGCGUACCACACCACCUAACACAACUCACAACUUGGACAGUCUCUAUAAAACUAGAGCGCUGCAUGUCCCAGGAUAAGGCAACACUAUUCUGCCCAACGCAGGCUCCUCCCGUAUACUACUCGAUCGCACACAGCAUAGCCCUACGGCGCAGAGCUGAGCUUAUUUAACCCUGCUCUUUCCAGCAAGGUUGAUGGCAGCUGUGAGGAAGGAGAUGGGGCUCCAACGCGUGUUAAAUGGUUACCCUUACCCUCCACCUGUCUGGAGUUUACCUGCUUCUGUUACCUGUGUAAACCGGCCCCACAGGCCUGGUACAUCUCUCUGUCCUGCUUUCAUGGGAGACGAAGGCUCUACUGUUUCCCUGACUCACUGCCGCCACUGUGACUCUGUGCUGUUACACUGACUCCCUGUGAUUGGGUGCUGUUACGCUGACUCAUUGUGAUUGCUGUGACUUGGUACUGUUACAGUGACUCAAUGUUGUGGCUCUGACUCUGCUGUUACACUGACUCACUGUGAUUGGGCGCUGUUACACUGACUCACUCUGUCUUAGUCCUGUCACAGGGGCUCAUUGUGGUUGCUGUGUCUGUGCUGUUACAGUGACUCUGCUGUCGUGGGUCUCACUCAUUGCUGUUACUCUGAGUCACUGAUCACUGUGAUUCGGUCCUGUCGCAGGGACUCCCUGUAGUGGCUCUGAAUAAUCGGUGGUUAACUGACUUGCUGUGACUUGGUCCUGUUACACUGACUCACUGUAGUGGCUCUGACUCACUGCUGUUACUCUCACACACUGUGGUUGCUCAGACUCUGUGCUGUUACAGUGACUCACUCAGUUCGCUUCUAUUCAAUUCUGUAACACUGAUGCCCCUUUUGGUCACACUCACUCUGUGAGUCUGUUACGGCGACUCACUGACUCGGGCUUGUGACACGGAUUCAGACCUGCAGGAUUGACUCACGGAUUCAGACCUGCAGGAUUGACUCACGGAUUCAGACCUGCAGGAUUGACUCACUGAGUCAGACCUGUCACAGUUGCUCGCUGACUCACACCAGAUUCUAUAACAGCGGUUCUGGACUGGCCUGGCCUGGCCUGUUCAUUGACGUACACAGAGAACCCUGGCAGGGUCCAGAACCCAGCCCAAACGAACAUCGUUGGUGGGAAAUGAGAGCGUGAAAUGCAGGAAGGAUUCCUGAAAGCUUAUCCCUUUGAGUGACAGGUGACCUCUGACCCCUCUGUACCAGACAGGGGUUGGUUGUUAGCAAGGGCUUAUGGGUAAAUAUUAUUAUGGAGGAUUACUUUUUUCUCCUCUACUUUAUCUUUUGCAUGCUGGACCUACAUGCACAUGCAGUUUGGAACUGAUAAAAAAUGAAAAAAUUCACCACACAACAAUAGACAAAUGAAAAUAAUUAGAAUCAUGUUUUAACAUCGUAACUUGCUUUUUAACCAACUUCAGGCUUCGAAAAGGGAAGUUAAAGAUUCAGCCAUUGUAAUUAUUAUAAAUGUGCAUUUCUUGCUGUAUAGUAUAAGUAUUUUUAUGUUUUUACCUGAGUCUAUGUAGCACCUGGUCCCCUGCCCACAGUCAUGUGACUCUGCAGUUCACUACCUGAUUCUGUACAGAUCAUAUAUAUAUAUAUAUAUAACAUUCCAUGUUUACAACUAUGUACUGCUUCCUGUACACUCGAGGACUUCAUUUCCUUUGCUGCAUCGCCCCCUUGCUGUGUGGAGUCUUUAUUUUUCCUCCCCUGUACACUUUUUUAAAAAAAUAAAUAAAUUUUUACAGCUUUUUUUUUAA